GGUCGGUAUUUGCUUGAAAGGUUGAAACGUGUACGCCAGUCACUACUCAGUGUUGAAUAUAACGUGGUUCAGGGGCCAUAUGUUGUCCCUUUUUUAUUAAUUUUUAUUAAUUAUUCCCUCAGUGAUUUACCAAUUAACCAGUGAUCCGGAAAUACCUUUUUGUUGACAAACAUGGUAGCCGGAAUGAAACUCUCAACCAGCUCACAAUGCAUCAAGUACCUCAUGUUCAUUUUCAAUCUCCUUUUUGUGAUUACGGGGAUAAUCCUAAUAUCGAUAGGAUCUGUAAUCCAUGGUGUUUACCAUAGUCACCAAGAUUUUUUGGACAACAAAUUUUUUUCUGUGCCAAAUUUAUUAAUUGCGGUCGGUGUAAUUAUUUUUUUCAUCGCCUUCUUUGGAUGCUGCGGCGCAGUGCGUGAAAAUUACUGCAUGGUUGUCACGUUUGCAACAUUGAUGGUUCUCGUCUUCAUUUUGGAACUAUCAGCCGGAAUUGCUGGCUACGGCUUAAGAAGUAGUGCAUCUCAAGUUAUUACCGGAAAAAUGAAAGAGAAUAUGAAUAGUUACAAUUCCAGUAAAGAAACAGCUGCUAUCUGGGAUAAACUUCAACAAAACUUCGAGUGUUGUGGGAUAAACAGUAGCACUGAUUGGAACGUGCCCUUAAAUUCAACUGGAUUGCCAAUAUCUUGCUGUGAAGUAAUACCUGGUCAAAUUAGCGAGUCAACAUGCAAUUCUCAGAGUCCCAAUGUUUUCAAAAAAGGAUGUCUUCCAGUUUUAGGUGAUUUAAUUUCGGCGCACGCGCUUCAACUCGGUGGUGUUGGAAUUGGAAUUGCAUUUGUACAGGCUUUGGGAAUCUGGUUUUCCAUCUUCCUGGCGAGAUCAAUCAAGAAUAGCUACUAUACAGUCUAGAAUUGAAAGUCAAAGAAAAAAAAAAGUUCCUAUAAUCACAAUAAUUCUCUUAUAGGAAGAACCAUAAAUAGCAAUCUGCAGCAGUGACGAGAUUUACUGAGUCAAAAGCCCUGCCGCUGCUGUGAUAGUUUUUUUACGAUUUACUAUGAUAAUUAAAGUUCUUCCUACAGUUGUAAAUCCAGAAUUUAAGGAUCAAAGCAUAUCUUUUAUAGACUUGUUAGGAUAAGGCGAUCUCUCAAUUCAAUAUUGUACUUAUUUUUAUCAAAUAUAAAGUCAUUUAAUUAGGAAAUAAGCAAAUUGAGCAACAAUGUUUUGCAGUCUUUUAAUUUUUCCAAAUUAAUAAAUCUUCCGACGCCAAAAA